GAAUACACGAUGAAGGUGAGAUGACGACAUACCAAUGCUACCGAAAUGGCACCACAUUCGAGCCACCUUCAGCGCGUGACUUCACCAUCCUGUGGAAAGGCUCGGACAAGCCCGAUAAUGAAGCAGAACUCGUGUGCACGUUCCAGCUUGCCGGCGACAGUGAGAACCAGAGGAUCGAUGUCUCUGCCGAGUACGAAUCACAAGGAGACUACGUCAUUCUAUCAGGAGGCGGUAAACAGGCGCGUCUUUACCAACUCCAGCCUCCAUACAAUGGUGAAGCCUACUACUUCAAGGAAGUGGCUGAUACAGAUGGCUAUACGGUCUUCAAGAUUUACGACACUGACGAGACCUGCACAAAUGCCGAAGCCCUUCGCAGCGAGGUCUGCCCUGAACCGUGCGACUUGGAAUUCGCGCGUUGAAGAUGCCGCUCACACAAUAGCAAGUAUAAUAACGAAAAUAAAGGAAGUAGAGGGAAACCAUGUUAAGUUGUACUUGUAAGAGCGAAGAACUGAUUGAUAAAGUAUUCCACGUUAUGUACCACGAUGUUAUUUUUCGUUUCCUGGGGCUUUGAGGAUUUGUAAUUAAAAGCUAUCCUUUUCGCUCACUGCGUAUAUCACUAGGUGAGUCAAGGAGAACCGGCAUUCUGUACGGAUAUCCUAAGCUCGCUUCU